UCUCAGCCAUUGUCAUCACACUGCUAUAUUUAAGGCCCAUGCAAGCUCCAGGAUCACAUUCUUCUCCCGGUCCCCGCUGAGUCUGGGGCAAGAAGAAGCCAAGGACCCUCUCAUCCUCUGGAAUCGUCCCCCCAGAGCCACCUGAGUGAGCACAGCUGCUUCUGUGAGUCACCUCCAGAGAUCAGGGGAGAGGAGAGAGACCUCCAGACAGUUUUUGCUCUCGCAGCCAUGACUCUGCCUCACAGCCCGGGAGGUGUGGGGGAGCCCCGGCCCCCGCAGGCCGUGCAAGUGCACCGGCGGGAGCAUCGCCGGGAGGAGGAGCAGAAGGAGGAGCGGCAGCACAGCCUGCAGAUGGAUUCCUCGACGCGGAGACGGACCUUCCGCAGCAGCGAGGAAGAGUACCAGUUCAGCGCUGCAGACUACGCCCUCGCGGCAGCCUUGGCUCUGACAGCCUCCUCAGAGACAACAUGGGAGGCCCAGCUGAGGCGCCAGACCAGCGCUGUGGAGCUGGAGGAGCGGGGGCAGAAGCGGGUGGGCUUCGGCAAUGACUGGGAGAGGACAGAGAUCGCCUUCCUACGGACCCAGUGGCUGCUGCGCCAGAGACGAGACCGGAAGGCGCUGAGACGGCGGACAGAGGAGAAGGUCCGGGAGGCCAAGGAGCUGCGGGAGCUGUGUUCCGGCCGUGGGCCCUGGUUCUGGAUCCCUCUGCGCUCGCACGCGGUCUGGGAGCACACCACGGUCCUGCUGACCUGUACCGUGCAGGGUUCGCCUCCACCCCAGGUCACCUGGUACAAAAAUGACAUGAGAAUUGAUCCCCGCCUCUUUCCUGCCGGCAAGUAUCGAAUCACCAACAACUAUGGACUGCUGACACUGGAGAUCAGGAGAUGCACCGUUGAGGAUGCAGCCACCUACACGGUGAAGGUCAAGAACGCCUACGGCCAGGCUUCCUCCUUUGCCAAAGUCCUUGUCCGCACUUACCUGGGGAAGGAUGCUGGCUUCGAUUCGGAGAUGUAUAAAAGACUGAUGUUUGGCCCCAGCGUGGAGUUCACAUCAGUGCUGAAGCCGGUCUUCGCCCGGGAGAAGGAAACCUUCUCCCUGAACUGCCUAUUUUCGGAAGAUGUGCUGGACGCCGAGCAGAACAUCCAGUGGUUCCGAGACGGGAGGCUGCUGAGGUCCUCCGGUCGCCGGCAGAUCCUCUACUCUGACCGCCAGGCAGUCCUGAAGGUGGCCUGCGCCUACAAGGAGGAUGAGGGCCUCUAUACGAUCCAGGUGCCUUCGCCCUUUGGGCUCCGGGAGCAGAGCGCCUAUGUGUUUGUGAGAGAUGCUGCAGCCGAGAAGCCAGGGGUCCCAGGCUCCCCCUUGAACGUUCGAUGCCUGAAUGUGAACAGAGACUGCCUCAUCCUGACCUGGACCCCGCCCAGCGACACCAGGGGCAACCCCAUCACCGGCUACUCCAUCGAGCUGUGCCAGGGAGAGUCCGAGGAAUGGGUGCCAUGCCACCAGGCUCCCGGUGGGACCUGUCGGUGCCCAAUCCAAGGCCUCAUCGAAGGCCAGAGCUACCGGUUCCGGGUGAGAGCCCUCAACAGAGCAGGCAGCAGCGUCCCCUCCAAGGCUUCUGAGCCGGUUGUCAUGGGCGACCGCGACGAAGCUCAGAGGAAGACAGAGAUCCCCUUUGAUAUGGGAAAAACCAUCACGGUCAGCACAGAUGACUUUGACGACUUUGUGACCAUCCCCUCACCCCCGACUAAUGUCCAUGCCAGCGAGAUCCGUGAGGCCUACGUGGUUCUGGGCUGGGAGGAGCCAAGACCCCGAGGCAAAGCCCCGCUGACGUACUUCCUGGAGAAGUCGGUCAUAGGUAGUGGCACCUGGGAGGCCAUCAACUCAGAAACUCCUGUGAAAUCCCCAAGAUUCGCCCUUUUGGAUCUGGAGAAAGGGAAGUCGUACGUCUUCAGAGUGCGAGCGAUAAACCAGUACGGCAUGAGCGACCCCUCGGAGCCCAGCGAGCCCAUCGCGUUGAGGGGGAAGCCAGCCACUCUCCCACCUCCAACGCAAGUUCAAGCUUUCCGAGACACACAGACCUCUGUCUCACUGACCUGGGAUCCAGUGAAAGACAGCCCAGAGCUCCUGGGUUAUUACAUCUACUCCCGGGAGGCAGGAUCAUCUGAGUGGCGAACAGUUAACAAUAAACCCAUCCAGGACAGCAGGUUUACAAUUCCCGGGCUAAGGACAGGGAAGGAGUAUGAGUUUUGUAUCAGGUCCGUCAGCGAGGCCGGAGUCGGGGAGAGCUCAGCCAUCACUGAACCCAUCAGGGUCAAGCAGGCUCUGGCUACACCGUCUGCGCCAUAUGACUUCGCCCUCCUGAACUGCGGGAAAAAUGAAAUGGUCAUUGGAUGGAAGCCCCCGAAGCGGCGUGGAGGGGGCAAGAUCCUGGGUUACUUCCUGGACCAGCACGACUCCGAGGAGCUGGACUGGCACGCGGUCAACCAGCAGCCUGUCCCCACCCAGGUUUGCAAGGUCAGCAACCUCCAUGAAGGUCACUUCUAUGAGUUCCGUGCCCGGGCCGUAAACUGGGCAGGUGUGGGCGAGCUGUCGGCACCCAGCAAGCUGUUUGAGUGUAAAGAGUGGACGAUGCCCCAACCAGGGCCCCCGUAUGACCUGCGGGUGUUUGAGGUGCGGGCCACCUCCCUGAUGCUGACGUGGGAGCCCCCUCUCUACCAAGGGGCUGGACCUGUCACAGGCUACCGCAUCAGUUUCCAGGAGGAAGGCUCUGAGGAGUGGAAGCCAGUCACUCCAGACCUCAUCUCUGGCACCCACCUGAGGAUUUCCAAUUUGCAGCCGGGGAAGACCUACAUGUUCCAAGUACAGGCUGUGAACUCAGCGGGCCCAGGGCAGCCAUCCAUGCCCACCGACCCAGUACUCCUGGAAGACAAGCCAGAUGCCCGGGAGAUCGAGGUUGGUGUGGAUGACGAGGGCUUUAUCUACAUGGCUUUUGAAGCCCCAGAGGCCCCCGACUCUGCCGAGUUUCAGUGGUCCAAGGACUACAAGGGCCCACCGGACCCAGAGAGGGUCAAGGUCAAGGAGGAGGCUAACAAAUCCAAGAUCAUCCUGAAAGAUCCCGGCCUCGAGGAUUUGGGCACCUACUCGGUGGUGGUCACAGAUGCUGACGAAGACAUCUCAGCAAGCCACACGCUGACGGAGGAUGAGCUGAACAAGCUGAAGAAGUUGAGCCAUGAGAUCAGAAACCCAGUGAUCAAGCUGAUCUCCGGCUGGAACGUUGAAAUCCUUGAGCAAGGAGAGGUGCGGCUUUGGCUGGAAGUGGAAAAGUUGUCUCCAGCGGCUGAGCUGCAUCUAAUCUUCAACGAGAAGGAAAUCUUCAGCUCACCGAACCGCAAAAUCAAUUUCGUCCGAGAGAAGGGCCUGGUGGAAGUCAUCAUCCAGCCCUUGACCGAGGACGACAAAGGGUCGUACACUGCCCAGCUCCAAGACGGAAAAGCCAAGAAUCAGAUCACUCUGGCGCUGGUGGACGACGAGUUCGACAAACUUCUCAGGGCGGCAGAUGCUAAGAGAAGAGACUGGAAGAGAAAACAGGGUCCGUAUUUCGUGGAGCCUUUGCAGUGGAAGGUCACGGACGACUGCCAAGUGCUGCUGACCUGCAAGGUGACCAAUACCAAGAAAGAAACCCGCUUCCAGUGGUUCUUCCAGAAGAGAGAGUUCCCAGCUGGUCAGUAUGACCCGCAGACUGGAGCAGGGCUUCUCUGCAUCGAAGAGCUGUCCAAAGAGGACCAGGGUGUUUACAGAGCCGAGGUUUCCGACGAUCGAGGGGAGGACGAUACCAUCCUGGACCUCAGAGAUGAAGCCCUGGAUGCCAUCUUCACUGAGCUGGGCAGGAUCGGUGCUCUCUCUGCGACCCCACUGAAAAUCCAGGGGACGGAGGAAGGGAUCCGGCUCUUCAGCAAGGUCAAGUAUUACAACGUGAAGUACAUGAAGACCACUUGGUUCCACAAAGAGAAACGCCUGGAGAGUAGUGAUCGGGUGAGGGCUGGUACCACUCUGGAUGAGAUCUGGCUCCAUAUCCUGGACCCCAAGGACUCAGACAAGGGCAAAUACAUCCUGGAGAUCACGGCUGGGAAGGAAGUCCGGCAGCUCUCGGCUGAUCUCUCAGGGCAAGCUUUUGAGGAUGCCAUGGCUGAGCACCAGAGACUGAAAGCCCUGGCCAUCAUCGAGAAGAAUCGUGCCAAAGUGGUGAGGGGGCUCCCAGACGUGGCCACAAUCAUGGAAGAUAAGACCCUGUGCCUGACCUGCGUCGUCUCAGGAGAUCCUGCCCCUGAAAUCUAUUGGCUGAAGAACGACCAGCCUGUCACCUUCCUGGACCGCUACCACAUGGAUGUGAAGGGGAUGGAGGUCACCAUCACCAUCGAGAGGGUCAACAGUGAGGACAGCGGGCGCUACGGUGUCUUUGUCAAGAACAAGUACGGGUCUGAGACAGGCCAGGUCACCAUCAGCGUGUUCAAGCAUGGGGAGGAGGAAAAGGUGCUGCAGAUGUGACGGUCGGAUUCAAGCACAGCCUGAGGUCUAGUCUGUGUGGACUAGGAGGGUCAACCAGUGGGUCACAGCCUGGCACAGGCCACAGGGAUGAGACUGGAGGGGAGGGAAAAGGGCAGAACCCAGGGCAUGGGAGUGGGUGGAGUGGACACACCCAAGUGGAGAAGCAAAGAUGGGGUGCUGGGAGGCCUCCAGGAUUGCAGAAUCAGGACUGGACUUGGACUGGAGGAUUUAUGUGCUGGACUGUUUCAACUCUAAACUCUCCGUGAGCCUUGCCUUUUUCAUCUAUCAAAUAGGAAUUCCUACUCCUAGGGAUUCUUUAUGAAAACUCCUUGAAAUCAUAUAUCAGUGGUUCUCAGUGGGAGGCAAUUUUGUCCCCUAGGAAACAGUCGGCAGUCCAAAUUUGGGGUUGUCACAACUGGGGGUGUCCACUGGCGUCUAGUAGAUAGAAGUCAGGAAUGCUGCUAAAUAUAAUAGCUCCCUGCCACGUAGAAUUCAACCUUAAAUGACAACAGUGCUGAGGCUAAUGAGCGCAGCCAUAAAUGGAUAUAUCACAAUACACCUUUUUGAGGAUGCUGUAUUUUCAAUGAAGUUCAGCAAACAUUCAUUUGAAAUCUAGCGUAUGCCAGGCUUGUGGAUGGCACUGGGAGCCCAAAGAUACAUAAUAUGUAGGCCCCACCCUCAAGGGCACCUCAGCCCAGGAGAAGAGACAGACCUGGGUGCAGACAACUCCAGGGCAAGUCAGAUGAUCGGAAUUCUAAAAGGUCCAGAUAAAGUUCCACUGGUGGUCAGAGGAGGGAGGCAGGUGUUCGUCCCAACUAGGGAAGGUGAGCUUUAAAACACCUUCAUGGAACUAGCGGAAUGGGUUGUUAGGUCCUAAAAAAUGAGUGGGAUUUGGUGAUGGUCAUGGGAGGAGAUUUUGGGAGCAGGGGCUGGUGAGAGCAAAGGUGAGGCGUGGAGGUGAUGCCACCUGGGCGGCCUGGGACACCACGUUGCAGAGUUCAGACCUUCAGGACUCCCAGCUCAAGGCCUCUGCCUGGCAGGACACAUACUGGUUGGCCUUGCUUCCCGGACCUCAAAACAGAGCUGAGCAUUUCACCACCCUCCCGUUUCCUUGUUUAAAAUCAGAUGGGGAGGGGAGGGCAUUUAUAAAGUUAGAGAUGUUUGUUGUAAAAUUUUGGAUAACCUUGAAAAUGUGAAGGAGAAAAUAAAACUCAUCUACACUCUCAAUACCAGAACAUAA